GCUACAGUUUUUUUUCACCUACACUGUAUAACGCCAAGAACACAAGAAAGCAACACCUUUUCUUCAGAUCCUUCUGAAAAUCACCAAUCAUUCACUGAAAAUAACCCCAAAGAUCCAAAACCCAAAAUUCCUUUUUCAUUGUUCUUCCCAUUUUCAGUUUCUCAAAUGCAAAAAAAUGUUAAAGACUGUAAUUUUCUUUUUUAUACUAAACUGGGUUUUAACCUUUAAGCUCAUCAAUGGCCGCAUCUUCACUUUCGAAAUGCACCACCGGUUCUCUGAACCAGUAAAGAAUUGGUCUAACUCCACCGGAAAACUCUCUCAUUGGCCUUUAAAAGAUUCUUUUGAAUACUACGCCGUUUUAGCUCACCGGGAUCGUCUCCUACGUGGCCGUAAACUCUCCGGUGCUAAUACAACCCUUUCUUUCGCUGAUGGCAACUUCACUUUCCAAAUCAACUCUUUGGGAUUUUUACAUUAUACAACAGUUCAAUUAGGCACCCCAGGGGUGAAAUUCAUGGUGGCACUUGACACUGGAAGUGAUCUUUUCUGGGUUCCUUGUGAUUGUACCAAAUGUGCUCCAACUGAAGGCACUGUCUAUGCUUCUGAUUUCGAGCUUAGUAUAUAUGACCCGAAAGGAUCAUCGACCAGCAAGAAGGUCACCUGCAGCAGCAGCUUGUGCGCACAACGUAACCAAUGUCUCGGAACAUUCAGUAAUUGUCCUUACAUGGUAUCUUACAUGUCAGCUCAGACUUCUACUUCCGGGAUUCUAGUGGAGGAUGUUCUUCACUUAACAACCGAAGACGGUCACCCAGAUUCUGUUGAGGCAUAUGUCACGUUUGGCUGUGGGCAGGUACAAAGUGGUUCGUUCCUCGAUGUUGCGGCUCCCAACGGUUUAUUCGGGCUUGGCAUGGAGAAAAUUGCAGUUCCUAGCAUUUUAUCUCAAGAAGGUUUAACGGCUGAUUCUUUCUCCAUGUGUUUCGGAGACGAUGGAACCGGAAGGAUCAGUUUUGGAGACAAAGGUAGCCCCGACCAGGAAGAGACCCCAUUUAAUCUUAACCCAUCACAUCCAACGUAUAAUGUUACGGUAACUCAAAUCCGGGUGGGGACAACUUUAAUCGAUGGUGGCUUUACGGCUCUUUUUGAUUCCGGGACCUCGUUUACAUACUUGGUUGACCCAACAUAUUCAAAUCUCGCUGUGAAUGUAAGCACUUCAUGUCUAGAUCCUCCAUUUACUCUAUGUUUCCACUUAGUAACUUAUGCUCUUUUACAGUUCCAUUCUCAGACACGAGAUAGUCGCCAUCCACCCGAUUCUAGGAUCCCUUUUGAGUACUGUUAUGAUAUGAGCCCUGAUGCAAAUGCAAGUUUAAUACCUAGUAUGAGUUUAACCAUGAAAGGUGGAAGUCACUUUCCUGUUUACGAUCCGAUAAUCGUCAUUUCGACUCAGAGUAAGCUCGUAUAUUGUUUAGCCGUCAUCAAGAGUACCGAACUGAAUAUUAUCGGACAAAACUUUAUGACUGGCUACCGCGUGGUGUUCGACCGAGAAAGAUUUGUUUUAGGCUGGAAGAAGUUUGAUUGUUACGACAUCGAGGAAACUAACACGUCCGAAGAAGAACAACAUCCUGUCUCUGCACCUCCUGCUGUUGCUGCCGGAAUCCGUAAUUAUUCCACCCCGGAAUCAACAAAAGAUGUAAAAAAUAACAAUUCACUCACUUCGGUCACCUUGCGAUCUUGCCAUCUGCAUGUUUCUCUUCCGUUUUUCUUCGGACUCGUCUCCAUAUUGACUCUAUUGUCGUAGGAUAUUCAUGGUCUACUUUCUCGAGCUAUAUGAUCGUUUAAUCUUCGUAGAAACAACAAUGAGAACACCGCUAAAGGAUUGAUUGCAUCCCUACAUGAUUUUGUUGUAUUUUAGGCCCUCCACAUACUAUUGUACCAUUGCUUCUUGUCAAUUCCUUUUAUCAUUUUAGCAAAGGUCAUAGGUAUUUUUGUUCAUUAUUGUUGUAUUUUCUUUUUUAUGUAUAGCCACAAUACAAAUUUUAGUACAAUUUUGGUGGAAUUUCUCCCUAGUAUUAAUCAAUGAAUCCAUUUGGUUUAAUUA